AUUCACUGAGACGGAGUUCCGCUGUCUCCACUCAAAGUACACAGAGGAUAAGUGGUGACUAUUGGGAGACCAAGGACAUUGAUCUAUGUGAGGAGGGUCCACAGUGCCAAACAACAAGGAAAGACAGAAUGGUCACCAUAAUCAACUCCAGUUUCUGGUAAAACUACAAAAGUCAUUGUCCGUCCAUUUUCUACUCUAGACCCUGGCUGUUCCAUGAUGUAAGUGAAGCUUGCCUUGAUUCUCCACAAUUGACAGUUAGACCAUGAACCUUAGAGACUCUAUCGUUGCACGGACCAGGCCUUCCCCAGUUUGGAUUUAGCGCCACCCUCAUCUAUCCAUCGAAACCGCCAGCCACGUGAGGCUGCAGCGGUGGCCGGUGGUGGUGGCGGUGGUGGGAGGACCUUCACACAUAGCGCAAAGCACGCUGGGAUACCACACUGAGGCACCACCAUGAGGAAAUCCACCACCUCUUGUCUUUGUCACAUACUGGUCUGCCUUUGCUUCAUCCAGAGGUGCUAUGGGGCUAGCCAUCAUAUCCCAGCAGACAAAGUGACCAUCGCCAAGAACCAGACCAAACUGGCCAAUGGUGAGACAGAAGUGCACCACAGGCCUAAACGUGGCUGGAUCUGGAACCAAUUCUUUGUUUUAGAAGAACACAUAGGACCGGACACUCAAUACGUGGGAAAGCUUCAUUCCAACUCAGACAAAGGGGAUGGCUCCGUAAGGUACAUUCUGAGUGGGGAAGGUGCUGGGAGUAUAUUCAUCAUCAACGAGGUGACAGGAGAUAUUCAUGCAACAGAAAGCCUGGACCGGGAGAGGAAAGCACACUACGUCCUCCACGCACAAGCCUUCGACCGCAACACUGAAAAGCCCCUGGAACCAAAGUCAGAAUUCAUCAUCAAAGUCCAGGACAUCAAUGAUAACGCCCCAACAUUUCCAGAUGGUCCUUUUGUAGCUGCUGUGCCUGAGAUGUCUGGAGUGGGUACUUCGGUAUAUCAAGUUACUGCAACGGACGCUGAUGACCCCACAUAUGGAAAUAGUGCCCGAGUGGUCUACAGUAUUCUCCAAGGACAACCAUAUUUCUCUGUUGAUCCCAAAACUGGAGUCAUCAGGACUGCCUUAGCCAACAUGGACCGGGAGGCGAGAGAACACUAUGCUGUAGUCAUUCAAGCCAAAGACAUGGCAGGAUCAGUUGGAGGACUUUCUGGAUCCACCACUAUCAACAUCACCCUCACCGACGUCAACGACAACCCUCCCAAGUUCCCGCAAAAAAAUUACCAACUGUACGUCCCUGAGUCGGCCCAGGUUGGCAAGCCAGUGGGGAAGAUAAAAGCCAAUGACGAGGACCUUGGAGUCAAUGCAGAGAUCAAGUACAGCAUCAUCAACUCAGAGGGAGCAGCCAUGUUUUCCAUCAACACUGACAGGGACACCAGGGAGGGAAUCAUCAGCCUCAAGAAGCCACUGAACUAUGAGAGGAAGAAGACCUACACCCUUCAAAUUGAGGGAGUGAAUAGCCACUUGGAGCCUCUUUUUUCCUACCUAGGUCCUUUCAAAGAUACUGCCACCCUAAAGAUCACUGUGGGAGAUGUGGACGAACCGCCUGUAUUCUCUAUGGACUAUUACAUCAUGGAUGUUUAUGAGAACGCUCGGAUUGGUAGAGAGGUGGGGGCUGUAACUGCCAGGGAUCCAGACAGCAAAAACAGUCAUGUCAGGUAUUUCAUCGACCACAGUGAGCACAGCGAUAAGUAUUUCAAAAUCGACAUGGACAGCGGAGUUAUACAGACUACCCAGAGUCUGGACCGGGAGGACAUGCCAUGGCAUAACAUCACUGUGAUAGCUUCGGAGGUUGACAACCCUAGCCUCCUCAGCCAUGUCCCCGUCACUGUGCAGGUGUUGGAUGUGAACGACAACCCUCCUGAAAUUAACAAGGACAAGGAGGUCAUUGUGUGUGAGAGCUCAAGGCCAGGACAGGUGAUUCAGACUAUGACUGCAGUGGAUAAGGAUGACUUUGCAAACGGACAGAGAUUCUCCUUCUCGUUGCCGAGCGGAGUCCCUGUCAACCCCAACUUCACCCUCAAGGACAACGAAGACAACACAGCGAGCAUCAUUACACGGCGGAGGCAGUUCAGUCGACUCGUCCAGGAGCUAUACGAGCUCCCCAUAGUGGUGUGGGACGGUGGGGAGCCAGCGCUGAGUGGCACUAGCACACUGACCCUGCGGGUGUGCCCGUGCCAGCGCAACGGGAGGGUGCAGACGUGCCAGGAUGAGAGGGGACUCCUCUCCUCGGCAGGCCUCAGCACGGGGGCCCUGAUCGCCAUCCUGCUGUGCAUCGUCAUCCUGCUGGCGAUCGUGGUUCUGUUCAUCACCCUGCGGCGGAGCAAGAAGGAGCCCCUCGUCAUCUCCGAGGAGGACGUCCGCGAGAAUGUGGUAACAUACGACGAUGAGGGGGGCGGCGAGGAGGACACUGAGGCCUUCGACAUCAUCACCCUACGGAACCCCGCCGCCGCUGAGGAGCUCAAAUUCAGACGGGACAUCCGGCCGGAGGCGGCCCGACAACGCGGGCAAAACCGAAGCAGCCACAGUCCCCCGGAGCUGAACCAGGUGGAUGUGCAGGAGUUUAUUAAACAAAGACUGGUGGAGGCAGACAUGGACACGAGCGGGCCUCCAUAUGACUCCCUCCAGACCUACGCAUACGAGGGUCAAAUGUCUCCGACAGGUUCCAUCAGCUCUCUGGACUCCCCCGGAACACACUCAGAACAGGACUAUAACUACCUGGACGACUGGGGGCCUGAGUUUCAGAAACUGGCAGAACUCUAUGUGGAGGAUACGGAUGUAGCAGAGUCAGAUGUGGCAGUUGCGGUGACAGUGGCGACCUAGCCUGUCAACGUCGGUCACACUGUCUGUAAAACCAAAACCUUUCUCUCUCUCAGUCCUCCUCCUCGACUUGUUUCAAAACGAUGAAAUAGAAAUGCUUUUGAACUCGUUCCAGCUGAUCUACUUUUACUGUUGAAUUGCAGACUGCCCCUUUUUUCAGUUUUCCAUUUGGAACAUGGGUCUAAUAUGCGGAUGGAUUGAUUUUGGGGUGGAACAAUAUUAAUAACGGAAAAAGGAAAAUAUUUUUCCUGUUGUAUAUUUUUUAUUGCUCAAUAAAGUCCUUAAUUCCAUAUGAGUGGA